CAUAAUGGGUGUUUCCUUGUGGUCGCUGUUGGCGCCUAACCUCCGAGCACUCUGCCAGUGUGAAGAAUUUCCUCGUAAUUUCAUGCAUGGAUGUAUGGGUUACCUCCUGGGUCCUAACCUCGUUCGUCCGUGUCUGCCAUCUAAGGAAGAAGGCUUCAUGACUGGAAGUUAUGGAACUACAUGCAGCGUCUCCUCAAGCCAGCAAGCUCGCUCUCUAUAGACGCACGCACCUGCAGAAAAGAUCAUGUAUCAGGUUUCAGCAGAUACUCACCACGACCAGAAGUCGUGACACUACGUGCGACGUCUCCUUAAGUCAGCGAGCUCGCUCUCUGGGAACUCAAGCACCUGCGGAAAGUAUCACUUGUUCGGAAAGGUUUUGUUUUGUCUUGUCUUGU